CCUAAACAAAAGGUGAAAUGAGCGGAUGGGCACUAUUAACCUUUGAUCUCCAAAUAAAACCUGCUUAUAUUGCAGAGCUCCCAGGUGUAAAGCCACGUGCACCUGAAGACCAGUUCAAAGCCAUUUCCUAGUGGCGCUACUUGAGGGCACUCUCGAGUUGAAUGCUCCCAACCUAAACAUCUGUCUUGACCCAAGCUGCCUAGUCACUAACUUACAAAGCUUUUUCAAGCAUCUCUUUAGGAAGAAAUGCUGAAGGCUUUGGUCAAGUUGGUGGGCACUCCUCUUCCAGAAGGCAAUGGACCAUGCUAGAGCGGCAAUCUCUAACUUGUUUGGUGGUGAACCGAUGUCAUACACGCGCUUCAGCAUUGCCCGGCAAACAGACGGAGACAACAGCCAUGUGGAGAUGAAGCUGGCGGCUGAUGAUGAGGAAGGAGGGGAAAUUGGGAGACCAGAGCACCUGCAUGCCAACAUGCCUCCUCCAUGGAGGAGAGGCAAGAACCGCUGCUUCCUAGUCAUUGCAGCUGUCCUCCUCCUUUUGAUUGGGUUUCUGAUCGGCUACUUGAGUUAUGGUGGACGAAUGCAGAAAGCUAGCAGGUGUCUGGAUGGAAGUGGCAAGUGUGAGAUGACUCCUACCACAUCUUACUUAGUGGAUGAUGAUGAAACUGAGGAAGAAGAGGUUCCUGGACCACCUGUCCUUUACUGGCCUGAGCUCAGAACCGUGUUGUCAGAUAAGCUGUCAGCCAGACGUCUUGAAGACAACUUGAGGCAAAGAGCAAAUAAGUACUCUUUUGAAGCUGGCCAGAGUGAAGAUGAGAGCAUUGCCAGCUACAUUCAUGAUCAGUUCACCAGCUUCCUCUUGGAUGAAGUGUGGAAUGAUGAGCACUACAUCAAGCUGCAGGUCAAAGGCAGUAGCAACAACAAAGUGUCUAUUCUGGAAAAUGGUGAAGAGGAGGAACUGGAGAGUCCCGAUGCAUACGUGGCAUACAGCAAGAGUGGCUCAGUUGUUGGCAAACCAGUCCAUGUGAACUAUGGACUCAAAGCUGAUUUUCAGAAGCUACAGAAGCAGGGUGUUUCACUGAAUGAAACUAUAAUCAUCUUCAGAGCUGGAAAAAUAACCCUUGCUGAGAAGGUUGCAAAUGCCGAAGAGGCAGGAGCAGUUGGUGCCCUUAUGUACCUGGACCCCUCCGAUUACAAGAUGACAGAUGCGCUUGCCCCCUUUGGACAUGCCCACCUUGGAACUGGGGACCCUUUCACCCCAGGCUUCCCUUCUUUCAACCACACCCAGUUCCCACCAGUGGAAUCUUCUGGACUACCUCGCAUUGCUGUUCAGACUAUCUCUAGCAAAGCAGUAGGCAAGCUGUUCAGGAGAAUGGAUGGAGAAAAUUGCCUUCUGGAGUGGAAUAGUGGGGUCCUGGGAUGUAAGGUGAUGCUGAGCAGCACAAGCAACAUGACAGUGAAACUGAGUGUGAACAACGUUAUGGUGGACAGGAAGAUUCUGAACAUCUUUGGUGCUAUCAAGGGAUUUGAAGAACCAGAUCGGUAUGUUGUGAUUGGAGCCCAGAGAGACUCCUGGGGCCCAGGAGCGGCCAAGGCUGGCGUUGGAACUGCCAUAUUGUUGGAACUUGCCUAUGUGAUCUCAGACAUGGUGAAACAUGAUGGCUACAAACCAAGGCGCAGCAUCAUCUUCGCUAGCUGGAGCGCGGGAGAGUAUGGAGCUGUGGGUGCUACUGAAUGGCUGGAGGGGUACUCCGCCACACUGCAUGCCAAAGCCUUCACUUACAUUAACUUGGAUGCUGCAGUCCUAGGCUUCAACCACGUGAAGAUUUCUGCUAGCCCGUUGCUGUACACGUUGCUGGAGAGAACUAUGAAGGGGGUGAAGGACCCAACAAAGGAUUCGGGAAGCCUGUAUGACAGAGUUGGCUCUGACUGGGUAAAAACAGUUGUUCCCCUUGGUCUGGAUAAUGCAGCAUUCCCUUUCCUGGCCUACUCAGGAAUCCCGGUGGUUUCCUUCGGUUUCUGCAAUAAAGAAGAGGAAUAUUCCUUCUUGGGCACUACUGAGGACACUGUGGAGAACCUGAAGAGGACUGACAAGUUGUAUGCUCUUAUGCGUGCUGCUGCAGAAGUUGCUGGACAAAUAGCUCUCAGGCUGACCCAUGAUCAUGAGCUCUUCCUGGACUUUGAGAGAUACGGUGAAGAAUUGCUAGCAUUCCAGGAGAAGUUUUUGCCCUACUAUCGGGAUGUGAAGGCGCUGGGGCUGACCUUGAACUGGCUGUUUUUUGCCCGUGGUGACUUCCAGCGAGCUACAGAUGCACUGAGAAGAGAUAUCGCAAACAGUGACAGGGAAAACAGGGUCAUCCGCAGAGCCCUGAAUGACAGGAUCAUGAAGGUGGAGUAUGACUUCCUCUCCCCAUACCUCUCACCAAAAGAUACUCCCUUUCGCCACAUCUUCUUCGGCAAAGGCUCCCACACCCUGCAGAGUCUGCUGGAGAACCUGCAGCUGCUGAGAACCAGCAGGGACAGCGUGAACGUGAACAUGCUGAAAGAGCAGCUGGCCCUGGUGACCUGGACCAUUAAAGGGGCUGCCAAUGCCUUAGUGGGUGAUAUCUGGGAUACAGACAAUGAAUUCUAGACACGGCAAACACCUGGUUAAGGUACAGGAUUAGGGAAACCCACUCCCUAACAUGGCAUUUUUUUUUCUGUAGAUUUUCUGGCAACAAAUCUUUUUUGACCAAAUUUGAGCAUAAAAUUUAAAUCUCACCUUGACAGAUUCACAGGAGGCAGUUUUAAGGCAGGUACUAAGAUUACCAUGAAAUCUCCUCUGACCAGGCUCCCAUCUGACCAUAGUCCAAAACCGGUCACGUACAGCUGCUUGUGGGGCUUGCUCUCCAUUGUACUUGAGAACUAACAGCUCAGGUGACUCCUGAACCGGUACCUUGAGUGGGGAGGUACUUCAUCUAUUUAGGGUUUUAAUUGUUGGCCCCCUAAACCUAGUGACAAAACAGGGAAUGGAUUCCUCUUACUGCUUGUAAUGAGGAUCCCUUCUCUGAGAGGGAGCUGCAGAGAUCAACCUGUAGUUCAAAAAUAAAACAACCUAGUAAUAGCCUGCAAGUGCUGGAUUAUCAGCAAGCUCUGAAGUGCCCGUCCUGCCUUUACUCAACAGCAGGGUCCCAAUGACAUCUUGGAGGCUUGCUUCUGCCGAGGCAUGUCUCAGUACCCAGGGAAAAUGACCCAAAGAUUAUCUAACGCCCCCUCUAUAUCCUUAGCUGGCACCUCAGCAAGUCCUGCAGCAUUGAGAAAUGGCUCUAGACUGGCACUUCAGACCUUGCUGCUCUGCGGCCUUUUGUGAAAUCGAGUCUCUUGCUGGCCAAACCCUGUUUGACUGAUGCCAUUUUGCAGGAUGGCUCUUGUUUGGCACUGAGAUAUUUAUUUGUUUAUUUAUUUAUCAGUGACAGCGUUCACUAUAAAUGGUGUGUUUUUUUAUAGAAGAUAAUUAUCGGAAGCAGUGCCUUCCAUAAUUAUGACAGUUAUACUGUCGUUUUUGAAUAAAGCAGCAUCUGCUAUUACAAUCAAACAUGAUACUGGAACUUUGCAUUUGAAAUAAUCUAAACAGGCCCCUCAAAAAACAAAAAAAAGUUUUUGAAAACUAGCGAUUAAGCUUUCUGUGGCAAAAACACCCCUUUGGAAGGAACUUGAAGUUGUAAACCUGGUAGCGCGUCUCCAGGUUGCACUCCAAAGUGAUCCUUGAAAUGCUGAAAACCCAGGUGGGAACUCAAAUACUAGAAAUUUGCCCUCCCUGCGGUGUCUGUGCCCCUCUGUGGGCUUCAGACUCCCUCUUCACCCCCCUUUCUGGAUGCUGUGUGCUCACAUGGGGAGCACAGCUUCCUUCCUGGCCCUGGUGGAGGGGCUUGCUGUGUAGCCGUAGCUCCACCUGUGGCAACACACGCAAACUUCUUGUACCUCAGGUUAGGCGUUGGCCCGAUUUUUUUAAAUGGCAGCUUCCUGCAAACUUCCAGUACUUUAUGUAUCAUGAAACCUAACUGACAUUAUCGGGAGCAGUGUCUUCCAUAAUGUGUAAAGAACAAGGUAGUUUUUGCCUACCACAGUGUUAUAUCGGAGGCAGUGACCUCCAUAUGUUGCACUAUGGGUGUACGUAAUUAUCGGGGACAGUGUUUCCCAUAAUUGUUCUAUGCUUAUCAUGCAAUGUCAUCUGCGAAGCUUGAUGGUUAGUAUCUAACAUGGAUCAAUUUCCUGCAGUCCUAUUUUUUCACUCUCCUGUGGUGAUGCAGAUACAAACUUUGGUCUGUUAUGUACUUCCCUAGACUCUACCUUCUCUGUAGGCUGAACUGUUUCAAAUAGCUGUGCUGUCUUGAAGUGGCUUCCUGCCUCCAGUCACAGGACUGGUGCUUGAAUGUUUAGUGGAAACUAGGCUAGUUAGACUGUGUGCUCUGUGAUUUAGUAAACUUCCUUCAAAUCAGUUACAAAGACUUGGGGAAUUAAAGGUGAAUGUAGGGCUUGGGGCCGACUGCUCUCUGGAGGGCUCUUGGUCACGGCUCUAGAUGGGUGUGUGUACUACUUAAGAGGCUGGCCUGCUUUGGCACUGGGGUGAUGCUGGUGUGCGUGCAUGGGAAGCUGCUUGCUCCCCAGGUCUUGCUGAAAACUCCAAUCUUGCCUCCUGGGUGUUGUGUGGAGGGGGGGAAAUUGGUGGCACCUUUCUCAUGGUGCCCCUCUGCUCCCUGACCUGAAGCUGAACACUGCUCCUGUGUGACGCCUGCUAAACUGCGCUGUUCCCAAAAAGCAGCUGGCUGGCUGGCUCUCGCCAGCCCUGUACUCUGCAAACAGUUUGAUCUGGCAUUUAAACCUAAAGCAAGCGAGUGACCUGAGCCCCAGCAGUAGUCCUUGAGGGAAGCAACAUCAUUCAGCUGGAGCAGAGACCUGGGUCUGUAUAAGGAAGGGGUGAGGACAAGGCCCCCGCCUAGUUACUGAGCUCAGUACUCACCAACUUGGAGGGCUGGAUUUUCAUCUGACUCUCUAGAAGCCUGAUGCCCUGGCUUGUGCAACAUCUUGCUCUUCCUUAACUACUCUGCUGUUUCUGAGGCAUGUGUACAGCCCUGUCUGUGCUACCGUUUCCUGGUGACACUUCUCUGGAUGGCAUUUAAGAGCUGCUGUCUGAGAGUCUUCACUGUAGCGUUUGCAUGCAUCUUGAUGUCAGACUUAAUCAUGCGCUUUAUAGCCAGCAGAGAAAGACGAAGCCUGUCUCCUGCCUAGGCAGCACAACUGUGUCUGCUGGGAUGUUGGGAUGCCUUGCUCAGUGCUGGUAUCUGACUGGUGUGGGGUGCUAAACUCUGUUUCUGGGUUACCUGCUGUCUGCUUGAAUAAAGUUUUAAAGCUUGAA